AUGUUCUACCAUUCAUCACUCUUAAGUAUGUGCUCGCACAAAGGAAUUAACAUCUUAUCCUGUGUUUGAUAAACUUAUCAGCUGUCUAACUUGGCUAACAGACUCGCUGUGAGUGAGACCAAGUACAUAUUACAAAGUUGACCCAGUAAUUUUACAUCAGUUAAAGAGGCAGAAAUGCUCUUUAGUUUCAACAAAACUGAAGUUGUUCAUGAUUUCCAAACUAUUUGGUUUGUUAAAAACAUCUAAAAUGGAAACAUGAGGCAGAAAUUUAGAUUGAAAAUAAAUAUUUAUACAUGUUAUUGUUGUAUGUUAUUAUACUUAUCCCUGUAAUAGAAAUAUUACUAAUAUAACAAACAUGUAAUGAUUAAAUGUUUAAUAUAUAAAUGAUUUCAUAUAAAGGGUUCAGUUCUGGGUUACAUCAGGGGUCAGUUCUGUGGUACAUCAGGGUUCAGUUCUGGGUUACCUCAGGGUGCAGUCCUGGGGUACAUCAGGGGUCAGUUCUGGGGUACCUCAGGUACAUCAGGGGUCAGUUCUGGGGUACAUCUGGGUUCAGAUCUGGGGGACCUCAGGGUUCGGUUCAGGGGUACAUCAGGGGUCAGUUCUGCGUUACAUCAGGGGUCAGUUCUGGGGUACCUCAGGGUUCAGUUCUGGGUUACAUCAGGGGUCAGUUCUGGGGUACCUGUACCAGGCGAUGACCCAUGUCCAAGCUAGGGAAACUUGAUGCAAAAUAUUUUGUCCAUCAUAAGGAGUCUGUUUGAGCUACCCUUAGUCUGAUCCCUCCUCCAGGACCUGUUUGCUAUGGGAGACCCUACCAGAGGCAUAAAGCCCCCUGGCAACAUAGCUCCUGGGAUCAUUGGGACACACAAACCCCUCCACCACGGUAAGGUGGUAGCUCGAGGAGGGGACUUUUUUUUUUUUAAAUUUUUUUUUUUUUUUUUUUUUGGUAAAAAAAAAAAAAAAAUCUGGGCGAACCGGAGCCUCCCGGAGUAAACCCAAUACGACAGGGGGCGCUUUGGGGGUGAUACGUAUGGGGUGUGUGGAGCUGGGUGUAUUUUACGGGUAGGUGACAAUGUUAGCGUGUGUGCUGAAGUUUAGCAUGUUGGGUUUAAGCUGCAGAAGCUUGUUGUUGUCUUCCAGCUCUUUGAUCCUCAGCUCCGUCUGUUGGCCUCUGAACGCGUUGAACUCAUGCUUGCUAUCCAGCAGAUCCUUGGUCAACCUCCUGUUCUCUUUCUGUUCCUGUUGGAGCCACGUCCGAGCGUACUGCAGCUUAGCUCCAUGCUCCUGGCUGGAGAAUUUUUCUUUUUGGAGUUCAAGAGCAGCUUUGUCUAUCUUCAGCUGCAGCUCAAAGCUCUUCUUCUUCUCCUCUUGGAGUUGGUCUUUGAGUGCUUCCAGUUUGAUGUUAUUCGCGAUCUCUUUAGCCUUGAGCUCAUCUGUCAUGUACUGCAGUUUGCUGUUCUCCAUCCUGCUGUCAAAGCACUUGCUGCUCAGUUCCUCUUCGCGCUCAGAGAGACUGCGGUAUUUUGACCACAUGUGGUCAUAGUCUCUCCUACUUGCCACUAACUGAGUUCUGAGGUUUGUCAGGUCUCUGGAGUCCUCUCUCAGUUGGAUAUUAGAGGCGUCCAGAGAUUUGGCCGCGGCCUGCUUUUCACUUUGAAGAGCAGAUUGCAGAUGUUUCUCAGCAGCCAGGCUCUUCUCCAAAGCCAGCUCCUUGUCAGAAAGCUCCUUCUUCAAAACCUGAAUCUCUCUGUCAGCUCUAAUGAAGCGAUCCCUCUCCUCUUCCAGUUUGCUGCUCCAUUCUUCGUCACUCCUCUCCUUCUUGGCCACCUUGAGCUCAGCCUGCAACCUGCUGAUCUCAGAGGCCAUUUGGAGCUUUUGAAGAGCCAUCUGAGUCUGGUGAAGCUCAUCCUUCAGACUUUGGUUCUUAGAAGCCAACUCUUUAUUCUGGCUGGUCAGGUGCUCCAGUUUUUCCUCCUGCUUGGGAUCACAAACCGCUUGGUCCAUCUGCAGAGAUCUGGUUUUGUCUCUUUCCUCUCUGAGGUCUGAGGCCAGCCGAUCAGGUUUGUCCCUCACCAAGGAAACGAUUUGGUCUUUCUCCUUAAUUGCAUUUUGCAGAUUUUCCAACAUUAUCUGCAGAGAUGCAAUUCUGUCCCUCAGCGCUCGGAUCUCAGCUCUGCUCUCAGCUCUGCUCUCCUUUAACUCCUCCUUCUGAAUGUGACUCUCCUUCAGUUCCCUCUCCAGUUUCUCCACCUUCAUGUUGUGUCCUUCGACCUCUUUUGUCAUCUCAGACACCUUUUCAUCCUUCUCUUGAUUGGUCUGCAACAAGGCCUUCACUUCGGCUCUGAGGCUUUCCAACUCCACAUCUUUCUUCUCCCCCAUCUCCUGCUGCUCAGAAAGUCUGUCCCUCAGCGCUCGGAUCUCAGCUCUGCUCUCCUUUAACUCCUCCUUCUGAAUGUGACUCUCCUUCAGUUCCCUCUCCAGUUUCUCCUCCAUCAUGUUGUGUCCUUCAGCCUCUUUUGUCAUCUCAGACACCUUCUCAUCCUUCUCUUGAUUGGUCUGCAACAAGGCCUUCACUUCGGCUCUGAGGCUUUCCAACUCCACAUCUUUCUUCUCCAACUCCACAUCUUUCUUCUCCAACUCCACAUCUUUCUUCUCCAACUCCACAUCUUUCUUCUCCCCCAUCUCCUGCUGCUCAGAAAGUCUGUCCCUCAGUGCUCGGAUCUCAGCUCUGCUCUCAGCUCUGCUCUCCUUUAACUUCUCCUGCUGAAUGUGACUCUCCUUCAGUUCCCUCUCAAGUUUCUCCACCUUCAUGUUGUGUCCUUCGACCUCUUUUGUCAUCUCAGACACCUUUUCAUCCUUCUCUUGUUUGGUCUGCAACAAGGCCUUCACUUCAGCUCUGAGGCUUUCCAACUCCACAUCUUUCUUCUCCCCCAUCUCCUGCUGCUCAGAAAGUCUGUCCCUCAGCGCUUGGAUCUCAGCUCUGCUCUCAGCUCUGCUCUCCUUUAACUCCUCCUUCUGAAUGUGACUCUUCUUCAGUUCCCUCUUCAGUUUCUCCACCUUCAUGUUGUGUCCUUCAGCCUCUUUUGUCAUCUCAGACACCUUUUCAUCCCUCUCUUGAUUGGUCUGCAACAAGGCCUUCACUUUGGCCCUGAGGCUUUCCAACUCCACAUCUUUCUUCUCCAACUCCACAUCUUUCUUCUCCCCCUCCUCCUGCUGCUCAGAAAGUCUGUCCCUCAGCGCUUGGAUCUCAGUUCUGCUCUCCUUUAACUCCUCCUGCUGAGUCUGAAUAUGGAGCGACAUGGAACUAAUUUGCUCUUGAUCGCCCUCAAUGACACUCAAUGUUUCAGCGAGGGUGGCUACCACCUCCUUUUUCUCAGCCUCUACUUUUUUGUUUUCUUCACGCAUGGAUUCAAAUUCUUCCCUGAGAGUUUUGAUCAGCUGAUCGUUUUCUGCACCGCCCAAACUGGAAGUGCUCCGAUCCAGCUCUGGUUCAUACAGUUCCUGGUCCUUGAGGUAUUCCUCCUCUUCCUCCUCUUCCUCCUCUUCCGGGAUAACAUCAGGACCGGUACUUCUCUGAUCCAGCUCUGGUUCAUACAGUUCCCGGUCCUUGAGGUAUUCCUCCUCUUCCUCCUCUUCCUUCUCUUCCUCCUCUUCCUCCUCUUCCGGGAUAACUUCAGAACCGGUACUUCUCCGAUCCAGCUCUGGUUCAUACGGUUCCCGGUCCUUGAGGUAAUCCUCCUCUUCCUCCUCUUCCGGGAUAACUUCAGAACCGGUACUUCUCCGAUCCAGCUCUGGUUCAUACGGUUCCCGGUCCUUGAGGUAAUCCUCCUCUUCCUCCUCUUCCGGGAUAACAUCAGAACCGGUACUUCUCUGAUCCAGCUCUGGUUCAUACGGUUCCCGGUCCUUGAGGUAUUCCUCCUCUUCCUCCUCUUCCUUCUCUUCCUCCUCUUCCUCCUCUUCCGGGAUAACUUCAGAACCGGUACUUCUCCGAUCCAGCUCUGGUUCAUACGGGUCCCAGUCCUCGGGGUAUUCCUCCUCUUCCUCCUCUUCCGGGAUAACUUCAGAACCGGUACUUCUCUGAUCCAGCUCUGGUUCAUACAGGUCCAUGUCCUCAUCCUCAGAUACCUCCUGUGCUGCCUCAGAGCUCUGUUCAUCCACUUCUGGGAACACUUCAGAUGGAUCAGUUCUUAAACCGGAAAUGCCCUGAUCCAGCCCUGGUCCGUACAGGUCCAUGCUCGACAUAUCAGCCUUGAAGGAUUCAGAUACCUCCGGUGCUGACUCAGAGCUCCGUUUGUCCACUUCUUUGUCAGUUUUCCCCAGCAGGAAAUCAUGGCCCGUCUCUUUAUGGGAGGACUUCUUGGAUACUGUUAACGGUGGAAGAAUACCACAUCUUUUCAGGGCCUGAGCCAGCUGCAGAGCAGCCGGGCAUAGAGCCCUAUUAUUUAAUAGUUUGUUGUCUUCAAGCCUGUUCAUCUUCUUAUCUGCAGAAAAAGCUCGUUGUAAAUCAGAAAUAGCUAAGCCUGGCUUAAACCUAAUUCACUAAACUAGCUCUUGGUCACUGUGAGUGCUGAGAGUUCUUUAGAAUGAUGCCUGAGCAAUGGUCCUAAAAUAAACUUCAAAGGCAUCUACAUCAUCAGUGAUGUCAUCAGAGUUGCCUUUGAUGACAUCACUGAUGACGUCACAGUUGACCACGCCCCCUUUUGGGUGAAAGCUGUCCUUCACCAAUUACAUCAGAAUGUCACAGUUGUGUCCUUGUGACAUCACAGAUUCCAUUAGAAUGUCACAGUUGACCACGCCCCCUUCUGGGUGAAAGCUGUCAAUCAAAAUGAGUGGCAGUAAAUGGGAAUUCUGUCUCUGGCAGCUCAAUAGUCUAAAAUAAGAAAACUGUAUUAACUAUUGAGAGCGGUUACAUCAAGUCUUAGAAAGAGUUUUGUUCAAACAAUAUGCAGUACCUGUUUUAAACCAGGAUACCUUACAGUAAAUGAUGGAAAAAUGCUGUGAGUCAUUCCCUGUCCAGGAGUCUAUCUGUUAUUUGACUGAGGAAAGAGAGGAGCAGACUUACUGCCAGACUUUGCUCUUCUUCUUUGUCCGGAUGUAUUUGUCCUUUUAAUUCAUUUUCUUAAAAAUACAUCUAAAACACUUUGCUCUCAAAGAUAACAGUUAUUUUUAGAUUUUACUGUACAUGUUUCUUUUCUUUUUUGAUAGGAAUCCAAAUAUUCCAUUUUUAAUUUUUAGACAGCUGGACAGUUACCCAGAGUCCCCGAGGAGACGUUUUAAACACACAGAUCUCUUUCCGCCUACAUUCACAGACAUUCAAUUAUUGGCUCAAGUUUGUCAUUUGUUCGGACCAGUGAAUUGUAAUGUGGGCAUUAUACCUCAGCCAUCUCACAGUAUUAGUAUCAGCAUUUCAGCUGAAUAACGGACUACUGCUUGACUACCUUACUACUUCGAGAUGAACCUUCGCCAUGGCUCAUGACUGGAGUAAAUUCAACCCAAUGAAAGUACAUUGUGCUGUAUUCUUUUACUAAGUCAAUCAUGGCACAAUCAUUUAGCAUUUUUUGGUUUAUUCAAAGAAAAAUGCUGCUACAUCAGGAAGGUUUGACAUUUGACUGUAAUGCUGUUGGAGACUCCACAUGAUCUAAAAACAGAUUGUCACAGAAACACUCUAAGCAUGUCAUCUCUCCUCCUCCUUCAGCUGUCCCAGAAUUCUCCUUUGACUCGGGCAGCGCUGUGAGAUAUCAACUCGGAGGAGGCGGCAGCUCUCGCCACACUCACAUCCAGCUGCGUCUGAGGACCAGAGCCUCCUCUGGCACCUUGCUCUCCGUGAUGUCCCGGGAGGCCAAUGAGUACAUCAUCCUGAAGGUCAGUAACUCAACGUUUUCCUGUGCACAUAGGUGGCAGCACAAAUGAAACAGACACAAAGCAUUAUGGGAAGACUGUUUGAAAAUAUGUUGACAUUUGCUUCACUUUCAGAUCGCAGACGGUCACCUUUUCUGUCCGGUCCAACCUUGGUGAUGGAGCCAACGCUCUGCGGCUCCCUGGUCAGUGGGUGGAUACUGGGCAGCGGGUCCAGGUCAGCCUCAGUCGCCAUGACAACCUGUCCACUACCGCUGGAGCAGGGCGGAGGCUCUCGGGAGGUCCAGGCCCGACUAGGAAGCCGGAGAGAGAUCGUAGUUCACCCCGCCAGCGUGAUGGUCGGUAACGUGUCGAAGAGUGGAGAGAAGACGACUUUCAAGGUGGGAUUCAGAUCUGAUACAAACUUUCCCGCGCUCCUGUUUUCAGAGAUUUUUACAACAUGAACCUCUUUUGUGCAUAUUUUUAGAGUUGA